AUGGCGGCAGAGGAUCGGUUCGAUGGGAUGUUCCUGUCGAUGGCGCAGGAGUGCGAAGGCGGAGUGCCUGAGUUGCUAGAAGUUAUCUUCGGCUUUUUGGCGCGCAAGACGGACUUCUACGGUGGUGGCAAUCCCGGGCAAGCGGAAAAUAUGGUUAUGACGGCAUUUCGAAAACACGAAAGGGCCGCCGCAGAUGCAGCAGCCGCAAAGAAGGCAGCUCGUGAAGAGGCCGAGCGGCGACGGAGAGAGAAGGUGGCUCUGGAAAAGGCAAGGGAAAGUGUGGCUAGCGACGUUUGCAAGCCGGCCGAAAUCCAGGAACUGACUGAUGAAGAGGCGGCUAAGCUGGAGCAGCGCUUGAAGAAUAAUGACGAGCCGGGUGAAGUUGAGGACAAAGGCGAGAAGGAAGAGGACGACGAGGAUGAGGCAAGCAAGGGGAAACUUAAACCCAACCGCGGCAACGGCGCCGACCUGGCCGGCUACUCCUGGGUCCAGACGCUAUCAGAUGUUGAGGUGCGCGUGCCGCUGCCGGUGGGUGCGGUGAGGAGCGGUCGGGAUUUGCUGGUGGAAUUUGGGCGCAAAACGCUUCGGGCUGGAAUCCGUGGAAAUUCGCCGCUCGUCAUUGAUGGUCCUCUCUUCAAUGACAUCAAGGUGGAGGACUGCACCUGGACGCUGGAGGAUAAGAAAACGCUCAUCAUCAAUUUAGAAAAGGUGAAUCGCAUGGAAUGGUGGACACGUGUUGUGACGAACGAUCCGUUGGAGAUUGACACCAAAAAGGUGGACCCGGAAUCGUCGAAGCUGAGUGACCUGGACGGCGAGACGAGGUCGAUGGUGGAGAAGAUGAUGUACGACCAGCGCCAGAAAGAGAUGGGCCUGCCCACGUCAGAAGAGCAAAAGAAACAGGACGUGUUGAAAAAGUGCUUGCUAGAAGUUAUCUUCGGCUUUCUGGCGCGCAAGACGGACUUCUACGGUGGUGGCAAUCCCGGGCAAGCGGAAAAUAUGGUUAUGACGGCAUUUCGAAAACACGAAAGGGCCGCCGCAGAUGCAGCAGCCGCAAAGAAGGCAGCUCGUGAAGAGGCCGAGCGGCGACGGAGAGAGAAGGUGGCUCUGGAAAAGGCAAGGGAAAGUGUGGCUAGCGACGUUUGCAAGCCGGCCGAAAUCCAGGAACUGACUGAUGAAGAGGCGGCUAAGCUGGAGCAGCGCUUGAAGAAUAAUGACGAGCCAGGUGAAGUUGAGGACAAAGGCGAGAAGGAAGAGGACGACGAGGAUGAGGCAAGCAAGGGGAAACUUAAACCCAACCGCGGCAACGGCGCCGACCUGGCCGGCUACUCCUGGGUCCAGACGCUAUCCGAUGUUGAGGUGCGCGUGCCGCUGCCCGUGGGUGCGGUGAGGAGCGGUCGGGAUUUGCUGGUGGAAUUUGGGCGCAAAACGCUUCGGGCUGGAAUCCGUGGAAAUCUACCGCUCGUCAUUGAUGGUCCUCUCUUCAAUGACAUCAAGGUGGAGGACUGCACCUGGACGCUGGAGGAUAAGAAAACGCUCAUCAUCAAUUUAGAAAAGGUGAAUCGCAUGGAAUGGUGGACACGUGUCGUGACGAACGAUCCGUUAGAGAUUGACACCAAAAAGGUGGACCCGGAAUCGUCCAAGCUGAGUGACCUGGACGGCGAGACGAGGUCGAUGGUGGAGAAGAUGAUGUACGACCAGCGCCAGAAAGAGAUGGGCCUGCCCACGUCAGAAGAGCAAAAGAAGCAGGACGUGUUGAAAAAAUUCAUGUCUCAGCAUCCAGAAAUGGACUUUUCCAAGUGCAAGUUCUCCUGA